CUCCAGAACUCCGGCUUGGGUUGUAAAAAAAUCCAAAAAAAAAAACCCAAAAAGAAAAAAGAGGGAUUUUCUUUUUGCGUUGUCUGAAGUUUGACAGACAAGUCACUCGUUUCUUUCUUGCGUCCUUCUUUAUCCCCCUCCUCUCGCGCUCGCUCUCGCUCAUCUCUCCCUAGCACUGGGGUAUGUAGGAUUCGUUCUCUGCGCGAUUCUUCCACAGCUUGAGUCGCAGGACAGGACGGUGUGUGUGUGUGUGUGUGUGUGUGUGUGCCGGGAUGUUCCUCACGGAGAUGCAGUGCGUGGCGGUUCUUAUCCUAUCGUUGCUGUCCAGCACUGCGCGUUGCUGGCCCUACACCGAGUCGCUCGUUGACUACAACCUGAACGAAAACAGAUCCGCAGUCUCGCCCAUCGACUACUGGGGAGAAUGGCCGGACCAUGAGUUCCAUCCAUCGCCGGACAACUGGCGGUUCCCCGUGUAUACCAUCUUUCUGGACCGCAUAGCCAACGGGGAUCCGCUGAACGAUGAUAUUAACGGAACGGCCUUUGAGCAUGUGGUGAACUCGAACCAGAUGCGCCAUGGCGGCGAUCUGGCUGGGCUGAUCGAUACGCUGGACUAUAUCCAGGGCAUGGGCUUCAAGGGCAUCUACUUCGCGGGAACAUACCUGAUGAACCUCCCGUGGGCGUAUGAUGGCUACUCCCCGACGGAUACCACUCUGCUCGACAUGCAUCAUGGCACGCUCUCGGACUGGAGACGGACCAUCGACGAGAUCCACAAACGGGAUAUGUACGUGAUCGUGGACAAUACGCUGGCGACACUGAGCAACCUCAUCGGCUUCAAAGGCUAUCUCAACGACUCGGCCGAUUUCCGAGCGCACGAGUAUCAAGUCGAGUGGAUCACCGACAGACAGUAUGCCGACUUCCGGUUCGGAAACGACUACAACGAAACCUGCAGCUAUCCCAAAUUCUGGAACGAGACGGGCUUCCCGUUGACCACCGGCGGCGUCCAGGACCUGAAGGGCUGCUACAACAGUGAUUUCGAUCAGUAUGGGGAGCUGGAGGCCUUUGGCAACUUCCCCGACUGGCAGCGUCAGCUGACCAAGUUCGCCUCGGUGCAGGAUCGUCUGCGUGAAUGGCACAAGCCCGUCCGCGAUGUUCUCAUCAGACAUUCCUGCAUGCAGAUUGCCAGUCUGGAUAUCGAUGGGUUCCGCUUCGAUAAAGCUGCCCAGGGCACCCUCGAGCCCGUCAGUGAGAUGCUGGCUGCGUACCGUGAAUGCGCGAAGAAGUACGGCAAGCACAACUUCUUCCUCCCCGGGGAGAUCACGUCGGGCAAUACCUUUGGCACUCUCUACUACGGCCGCGGUCGUCAGCCAGACCAGUAUCCCAAGUCGGCGGGCGCGGCUGUCCAGCUCACGAAUGAUUCGGAUUCGUACUUCCUCCGAGACGAUGGGUACCAGGCGCUGGAUGCCUCCGCGUUCCACUACACCAUCUACCGGUCGAUGACGCGUUUCCUGGGAAUGGACGGGAACCUCGUCGCCGGCUUCGACUUGUCGACGGAUUUCAUCGAGGCCUGGAACCAGAUGCUGGUGACCAACGACUUCAUCAACGCGUUCACCGGCGAGAUCGACCCAAGGCAUAUGUUCGGCGUCUCCAACCAGGACAACUUCCGCUGGCCGGCAAUCAGGAACGGCACGGAGAGGUAUCUCCUGGGGCUCUAUAUCGUCACGCUGGAGCUCCCUGGAAUCCCCCUGGUCCUGUGGGGUGAAGAGCAGGCGAUGUACGUCUUCGAUGCCACGGCCUCCAACUAUCUCUUCGGCCGGCAGCCCCUGUCCUCCCAGACUGCCUGGUGGACGCACGGCUGCUUCACGCUGAACACGUCGAAAUUCUACGAUUUCCCGAAUGAAAAGGGGCUGUUCGGUUGCCACGAUAUCACCGUCACCUACGACCAGCGGAACCCUGCGCACCCGCUUCGCAACAUCAUGAAGCGCAUGUUCGAGAUCCGCGAGCAGUACCCCGUCGCCAAUGACGGUUGGUAUCUCCAGACGCUGUCGCAGCUGACGAAGAACGUCUAUCUCCCCGGGUCGACGGGCACUCCGACGGUGACCGGUCUCUGGUCGGUGCUGCGCAGCUACUUCCCCGGCGUGCAGAACAAGACAUCCGACGGCAGUCAGGCCCUCUGGCUCGUGUACCAGAACGACAACAAAACCGAGACGUACGGCGGUGAUUGUAGCAACAAGUCUACCGCCCUGCUGGCUCCCUUCCCGUCGGGCACGAAGCUGAAGAAUCUCUUCUACCCGUACGACGAGAUCACGUUGGAAGACGGCCCGGGCGAGGUCAGUGUGCAAAACGGCUCCCAGUCCUACGGCUGCUUUCGCGGCCUGGAACUCGCUCCGUGGGAGUACCGGGCCUACGUCGAAGCGAGCGACUUCGUGGAGCCCGGCCCUGUCGUCACCGAGUUCGUCCCCGGACACGACGUUCGACUGGUGUCUUCGGAGGACAAUGGCGAGACCGUCGACAUAUCGCUGGGGUACUCGUACGAGAUGGAUUGUGAUGGUAUCACCGCAGCAAUCUCGCUGAAUUCGACCACCGAGAAGGGCAUCGCACCGUCGCUCGACACGUCCAGCGUGAGCUGCAGCAAGGUCCCCGCAAGGACAACGGGCAACAACUUCAUCGGCGAGAUCCCGACGGUUUGGACGUGGUCCGCCAAACUGAAGAACGUCCAUCACGGAAUCCAUCAAGUCACGGUCAAGAAUGUUUCGACGACGACCGGCACGCCCACGGACUCCGUCGACCGGUUUCUGUUCCGGGUUGGAUCCCUGAACAACCCGCUCAUCACGCCGCUGGCGAACUACUCCUCCACGCUGGUGCAUAAAUCCGGCGAUGACAUCUAUGUCCAACAUGCGGCGGCCGGAGCCGACAAGUUCCGCUACUCGACUGAUUUCGGCUUGAGCUGGUCCAACUGGACGACGUAUACCGGUGGCAACACGACGGUCGACAUCCCGGCUUGGAGCGGAACGAAGGCCCAGAGGUGGAAGGGGACUCACGUCCGCCUGCAGUACUUCUCCAGACUCUCCGGCAGCAGCGACUACGUCCAGGAAGGCGAUUACGGCUGGGAAGAAGGCGUGCCUCGACGAUUCCCUCACCUGUGGUGGAACGGCCCGUAUAAUCAGUACGGGUACGACGCGGGAUUGAACAACGAGAUGAAGUACGACACCAAGGACCACCGCUGGAAGUACGACUUCGUCUACGAGUGGCCGGCUGUGGGGCAGAUCAGCGUCUGGGGAUCCGACAAGAACGGCGAGCCGGACCAGACGGAGAUCUACGGCGAUGUCGACAACUCGUCAGUCGUCCAGAAACUGGCUCCGUCCUACCUGUCGUCCAAUGUCAUCAACAUCACCCAGCUGCCUCCAUUCCCGCAUCUCGGCUGGACCAUCUCGCUCAACGAUGCCAACCUGCGAUAUGAAAUGAUCCCCGUCGGAUCCGGAUGGGGCCAGCUUGUGCUCUUCGUCCUGCUGUGGGUUCUCCCGGUCCUGAUGGGUGUUGCGGGUGUGGUCAUCUUCAUCAAGACAUUCUACCGCGUCAAACUCAACACCGACGGCACCGCGCCGCCGGAUGACAAACGGCCGCUGCUCUACUGGCGCAGGCUCCGAGGGAAGUUCGGCACAGAAGAUCCCUUGGAGAAGGCAAUGUCCGAGAAGGAUUUGCCGACGGACAUGGCGAUCGCAGCCGCGCCGGAGCAUCGACGUACGGUUCUGAUCGCCACGAUGGAAUACAAUAUUGAAGACUGGAAGAUCAAGGUCAAGAUCGGUGGUCUCGGCGUGAUGGCCCAGCUCAUGUCCCAGAAUCUGUCCCAUCAGAAUCUGAUCUGGGUGGUUCCCUGCGUCGGUGACGUGGAGUAUCCCCUGGACUCGCCGACGGAGCCCUACGUGGUCACCAUUUUGGACAAGGCCUACUCGGUCAAUGUCCAGUACCAUGUCGUCGACAACAUCACCUACGUCCUGCUCGAUGCUCCGGUGUUCCGGCAGCAGACCAAGGCAGAGCCCUACCCUCCACGCAUGGACGAUCUCGAUAGCGCAAUCUAUUAUUCGGCAUGGAACCAGUGUAUCGCGGAGACGAUCAAGCGAUUCCCUUCCAUCGAUAUCUACCAUAUCAACGAUUUCCACGGCUGCUUGGCGCCGUUGUACCUUCUGCCCACGCGGACCAUUCCCGUCUGUCUCUCCUUGCACAAUGCCGAGUUCCAGGGUCUAUGGCCGCUCCGGACGCCACAGGAGAAGAAGGAGGUCUGCGCCGUCUUCAAUCUCCCCGUCAAGGUUGCCACCAAGUACGCCCAAUUCGGAAACGUCUUCAAUCUUCUCCACGCCGGUGUCAGCUAUCUUCGCUUCCACCAGCGCGGCUUCGGCGCCGUCGGAGUGUCCAAGAAGUACGGAAAGCGCUCCUGGGCUCGGUAUCCCAUCUUCUGGUGUCUUGAAAAGAUCGGCAGUCUUCCCAAUCCGGAUCCCUCUGACACCGCCGCCUUGGAGGAUCACUCGAACGCCGAGGCUCCCAUUCAAUCCCAAGAACAACGGAUCACUGACAAGCUGCAGGCGCAGAAGUGGGCUGGUCUGAACCCGGAUCCCAACGCGGACCUGCUGGUGUUCGUCGGACGGUGGUCGAAGCAGAAGGGGGUCGACUUGAUUGCGGAUGUCAUGCCGGCUGUAUUGGACUCCAGACCGCAGACGCAGCUGAUCUGUAUCGGGCCCAUUAUUGAUCUGUAUGGAAAACUGGCGGCUAUCAAGCUGGAACGCAUCAUGGCCAUGUAUCCCGGUCGUGUGUUCUCUAAGCCCGAGUUCACCGUUCUGCCCCCAUACAUCUUCUCCGGCGCGGACUUCGCUCUGAUCCCGUCCAGAGACGAGCCAUUUGGUCUGAUUGCCGUCGAGUUCGGCCGGAAGGGUGCUCUCGGCAUCGGUUCUCAUAUCGGAGGUUUGGGCCAGAUGCCUGGUUGGUGGUACUCGGUGGAAUCUGAUGCAACCCGCCACCUCCUGCAUCAAUUAAGAACCGCCAUCAAAUCUGCUCUGGAUUCUACCGAGGAGACUCGCGAGGCAAUGCGUGCAAAGUCCGCCAAGCAGCGGUUCCCGGUCCUCGAGUGGAUCCAGAAACUCGAGGUCCUUCAGCAGACGGCGAUUCAGAUCCACCACGCGAAGAACAAGAAUACCGUAUCGGGCGCCAUGCCAGAGUCUCCGAACUACUGGGAGAUGCAGAGCAUGCGGUCCUCGUCAGGGGGGCUCCACGGGCCACCCCAGUCGAUAGUGGACAGUGUAGACACACCGGGAGAAAUAUACGAACAUGCCCAGUCUCAACUUCAGGAGCUGCAGACAGUCGAGGGCAACAAGGGCAGUCUGGGCCGCAAACUCUCGCUCGGUCGACGAUCCGGACCUGGUCAGGGCAGAAGCCGCCUGCAGAAGAAACCGCCGCAUGGCAGCCAGAUCUUCGACGAGCACCCGGACGAAGAGACCACCGAUGCCGAUGAAGGAGGAACUUCGACGCCGCGGGAGAACUACAUCUCUGCGGAAGAUGCCAUGGCCGCCAUCAACAACAGUCUCGGGUCUCAGGAUAUCGGCUCCUCCUCCCUCGACAACAGCGCCCACGCCAGUCCGCGAGCAUCUUACGUGGCUGUCCCCGGCUCCCCGUACUAUGCCUCGCGGUCUUCGACCCCGGCGCCGGGAAUGUCUUCUGACAUGCUGCCACAGUACCCAUACUCAUCACUGGCCUCUCCCACUGGUGAUAGCACGCCUCUCAACCACUCACGCAAUGUCUCCAUGCUGUCCUUGCCUUCGGUCGUCGGCGAGCACGGUCAGCAGCAACAGCAGCAGCCCGUAUUCGAACUGCAGAAGGUCGACCCGACCUUCACAGACAGUACGAACCACUUCACGCGGCGCUUCGAGAAGCUCCUGAACAACCUGAACAAGAAGAACUCUACCACGGACUGCUGUAUCGAGACGUACUUGAUGAAGAGCGAGCGCAAGUUCUACAACAUGUACAACGACGCGCAGCUGAAGCGGCAGAAGACUCAUCGGAUGACCUCGCCCACUGCAGACCGUUUUGUCGAGGAUACACAGUACAACCGCCUCUCACACGGCAGUGAAGGCUCGGAAACGAACGAUUCGGAUCAGAUGGAUGAGUGGCUCUCUCGUCUGGGGUACAAGCGGCCCAUUGCUAUCCAGCGAUUCAUGAGACGACGUAUCGGGACCUGGCCUGUCUAUGCCCUGUUCCUGGGCCUGGGACAGAUCAUCGCGACCAACUCUGCGCAGAUCACCCUCUUGGUCGGCCAGGUAGGUGAAACAGCAACCAAACUGUACGUGAUCGCCGCGAUCUACUGCGUCUCAUCUAUCGUCUGGUGGUUCCUGUUCGCCCGCUUCCCGUCCGUGAUUGCUCUCACUCUCCCCUGGUUCCUGUACGGCUUUGCGUUCAUCAUCAUCGGCAUCUCUCCAUACGGUAUCACGGCUUUCGGUCGAGGAUGGGCGCAGAACAUCGCUGCGGGUGUGUACUCAGCCGCAUCAUCGAGCGGAUCACUAUUCUUCGCCCUCAACUUCGGCGACCAGGGCGCCGUCCCCGUCAAGGAUUGGAUGUUCCGCGCCAGUUUCAUCCAGGGCAUCCAGCAAAUCUACACCGUCGCCCUGUGGUUCUGGAGUUCGAGAGUUACCGCGGCCGAAGUCGGGGGCAUAUCCUCCGCGGCACUGAACUCAUGGAGACUCACGGCCGUAACCAUGCCCAUCGGCGGGGUGUGCUUCGUCGUCGGCGUGCUCCUCGCUCUGGGCCUACCCAAGUACUACCGCCAAUCACCCGGCCGGAUCCUCUUCUUCUACACUUCUCUCUUCCGCCGCCGUAUUGUCCUCUGGUUCUUCUUCAUGGUCAUCGUGCAGAACUGGUUCCUCGCAGCCGCGUUUGGCCGUAACUGGUCGUUCCUCUGGACCUCCAAACACGCUAAGGCAUGGGAGAUCGUCAUCCUAGUCGUCUUCUUCUUCGUUGUCCUCUGGAUCAUCAUCCUCAUCAUCUUCCGUGUCCUCUCAAAGGAACACAGCUGGAUUCUCCCCGUCUUCGGCCUGAGUCUCGGCGCACCCCGCUGGGCGCAGACGUGGUGGGGAACGUCAAAUAUCGGCUACUACCUACCCUGGGCCGGCAGCUUGCUUUCAGGCUCCAUCGUGUCGAGGUGUCUCUGGCUCUGGCUCGGCGUCCUCGAUGAGAUCCAGCAGGUCGGUCUGGGUAUGGUUCUUCUUCAGACUCUGACCCGAGUCCACGUCUGCUUCGUCUUGCUGGUCGCUCAGGCUAUAGGAUCCAUCGCUACUAUCUGCGCGCGUGGGUUUGCUCCCAACAAGAUCGGUCCAGCCGGAAUCUCGCCCGCCGUCGGCUCAUCGUUGGAUAAGGUUGCCAAUGCGUGGUUCUGGAUCGCGCUUUUCUUUCAGCUUCUGGCGAGCUUCGGUUUCCUGCUCUUCUACCGUCGCGAACAACUUAAUAAGCCCUAGACUAUCAUCUAGGCUAUGACAAUGAAUAAACAAAAGCCUUAAUGACAACCCUGUAGACCCUUACGAUCAUGAUAUGACCUCCUUCCUCACUUGAUGUUUUUCUCCUCUGCACUUUUCCUCUUGACUCCUUGAUCUGAUUUGGUGGAUAUCUCAUUUUCUCAGAUCUAUACCAUCCCUGAUCUUAGUUGCUGUCUAUGGGCGUUUAGCUUGGAACAGCUAAAGGAGUAUUAAGAGGGUGUAUAUUAUUGUGAUAUGUACGGAGUAGAUCUGAAAGAAAUGUUUCAAAUAUUUGGUUUUUUUUUU